GUUUCGGUAUGAAUUCGCUGUUGUUUGUGCCUGGCGGUGGUGUUGGAACCGUUGGGCGGAGGCGCUUUGCCUGGGAAACCGCACACACCGCGAAACAGCACACGCCGCCAAAUCCGGGGGCCCAUCGCCACCGGAAGUGCCUCGAUAAAAUUUUCCUACGCUCUUUUUUUUUCCCGCCGUGUUUGUGUCUCUCUUUGUGUUUUGUGUCGAUGACCUGGUGACCACUCUCUUUUUUCCUUGUUUGGCUGCUUUUGAUUGGUUGUUAACCACCAGCUUGCUUUCUGACCUGAGUGUUGACGAUGUCGAAGAGAACAGCAGAGGAGACGAGCGCAGACAGAAACACGGCCUUGAAGGGCAGUGCGGGCGCCGUGCCAGAGACACAUGCUGGCGUGGAAGGUGAUGACGUUGAGAUGGGCGAGUUCGAGGACCCGUACAGCGAUGAGUACGAGUCUGAGGAGGAGAUCAUCGAGGUGGACGACCAGGACGAUGAUGGCGAAGGCGAUGAUGAGAUUGCCGAUGCGCAAGACGUGAUUGCGAAGGAUGAGGAGCAGGAGAAGCAGGAGGCGGAAUCGACGCUCUACCUGCCACACAGAUCCAGACCGCUGGGCCCAGAUGAGGUUUUGGAGGCCGAUCCGACGGUUUACGACAUGCUGCACACGGUGAACCUGCCAUGGCCAUGCCUCACGCUGGAUGUCCUGCCGGACCACCUGGGCGACGAGAGAAGAGCGUUCCCGGCAUCUGUGUACCUGGCGACCGCUACACAGGCGCAGAAGAAGAAGGACAACGAGUUGAUUCUGCUGAAGCUGAGCCAAUUGAGCAAGACGCUGGUGAAGGAUGAAGAUGGCGACGACGACGACGACGACAACGAAGACGAAGACGCGUACGACGGCGAACCUGUGAUGGAAUCCGAAACCUUACCACUACGUGAUACGACGAAUAGAAUCAGAGUCUCACCACACGCUGCAUCCACUGGUGAGUACUUCACUGCGACGUCAAGCGAAACAGGAGAAGUUCUAAUCUACGACCUCAGCCCACAGUACAAGUCGUUCGACUCGCCAGGCUACACCAUUCCAAAGGCUGCAAAGAGACCUAUCCACACGGUCAGAAACCAUGGUAACGUGGAAGGCUAUGGUUUGGAUUGGUCUCCAUUGAUCAAAACAGGUGCAUUGCUUUCAGGUGACUGCUCUGGAAGAAUCUUCUUGACCAACAGAACUAGUUCCAACUGGGUCACCGACAAGACGCCAUUUACAGUGGACAAUAACGAAUCCAUUGAAGAUAUCCAAUGGUCCAAAGCUGAGCAGACAGUCUUUGCAACGGCCGGCACGGAUGGCUACAUAAGAAUCUGGGACACCAGAUCCAAGAAGCACAGACCUGCGAUUAGUGUUGUCGGUUCCAAGACCGACAUCAACGUCAUCUCAUGGAGUGAGAAGAUCAACUACCUGUUGGCAUCCGGUGAUGAUGAUGGUAAGUGGGGCAUCUGGGACUUGAGAAACUUCAAACCAGGGGCCUCGGUAUCCCCAGUGGCUCAAUACGAUUUCCACCAAUCAGCCAUCACCUCUAUUGCAUUCAACCCUCUGGAUGAAUCCAUUGUUGCUGUGUCCUCCGAGGACAACACCGUGACGCUAUGGGACAUGUCUGUCGAAGCUGACGACGAGGAAGUCAAGCAGCAGAAGAGUGAAACCAAAGAGCUGGAGGAGAUCCCACCACAGCUGUUGUUCGUUCACUGGCAAAAGGACGUCAAGGAGGUCAAGUGGCACAAACAGAUCCCAGGUGCCUUGGUUAGUACCGGCACUGACGGGCUGAACGUUUGGAAGACCAUCAGUGUUUAACGUCUGUUUAAUAAUCAAAAUGAGAUAUAUUUGUCUGUAAUAUAUAAUAGAGACGUCAGUGUGGUUG